AUGGCUGGCAUGCUGGAGGCCCUGUACUCCACUUCCGGCUUUACCUCUGAGGCUAGUCUGUCAGGCCACCGUCUGCACACUCCGCCCUACACACCACAUCGCGCAACAAAGCGCCGCCUCGAGCGUGCGGACUCGCCCGCGUCAACCGUGGGUUCCAUUCAUCCCGCAGACACACAUAGCCCUGCAAAGAAGGCAGCGAAGAGAUCGGUGCCGGACAACAUCACAGUCGAAGAGCUAGCCGAAGGUGAUGCCGGCUAUAGCGCGGACAUAGAUGUCGUCUACCCAGAAGAGCUCGAGGAGAACGAUAGCGAUGACAGCGACGCUGAACGAUUCAGUGACACGGACGAGGAUGAGUCGGAAGACUUACCGGAGGUGCUAUCCAACUUGCGCGUGGAUGAAGAGAAGGCAUUCUGGGAAGGUCGCAACCAGAAACGGUCCGAGAAGCGUGCCAGUCUGAGAAGCUACAAGCGAUCGCACAGUCAAAGUGUGAAGAACGAUACACCUGAUCCAGCAGACAAAGAUGCGAAGAACGAUCAGGACAACAAGACUGGACUUCGGCGGCAGCGAAGGCGGGUCCGAGGCCCACGAGAAACUGGGUUGGCUCAUGAGAUUCCGCUGCCCAGCUCGCCAGAACCAGGUGGGUAUCACAGUGCUGUGACUGACAGCCACGUGGAGGAGACUCAUGUGGUGCCGUCUACGGAGACAGAGCCCAUGGAUGUUGAUGAUGCCAAGUGA